AUGCGCCGGGGGACCAUGCCCCAGCCCGGCGCGUGGCCGGGUUCGAGCUGCGCCGACACGCCUGCGCGGGACGGCGGGAGGCCGGCGGGCGGCGGGCAGCCGCGGGCCGACGUGCGCGGGCCGGCCGAGCACGAGGAGGACAUGUACCGUGCUGCAGAUGAAAUAGAAAAGGAGAAAGAGUCGCUCAUGCAUGAGAGAGAGACAUCAGAACCCAGACUGAGUGUGGCUCCUGAAAUGGACAUCAUGGACUACUGCAAGAAAGAGUGGAGAGGGAAUACCCAGAAAGCCGCUUGCAUGAAGAAGGGCUACGAGGAAGUGUCUCAGAAAUUCACCUCCAUAAGACGAGUCCGUGGUGAUAACUACUGUGCCCUAAGAGCCACACUGUUCCAGGCAAUGAGCCAGCUAACGGCGCUGCCCCACUGGCUGCAGGACCCAGAGCUCGUGCUGUUGCCAGAAAAACUGAUAAGCAAGUAUAGCUGGAUCAAGCAAUGGAAACUUGGACUGCAAUUUGAUGGGAAGAGCGAGGACCUGGUUGAAAACAUUAAGGAGUCACUCACUCUGCUAAGGAAGAAGUGGGCAGGCCUGGCUGAAAUGAGGACUGCUGAGGCAAGGCAGAUGGCCUGUGAUGAACUGUUCACCAAUGAAGAAGAUGAGUACAGCCUCUAUGAAGCUGUGAAAUUUCUCAUGCUGAACAGAGCCAUUGAACUGUACGAUGACAAAGAGAAGGGGAAGGAAGUACCCUUUUUCUCGGUGCUCCUGUUUGCUCGGGACACAUCGAAUAAUCCCGGACAGCUACUGCGGAACCACCUCAACCACGUGGGACACACUGGUGGCCUUGAACAGGUGGAAAUGUUCCUUCUUGCGUAUGCUGUGCACCACACUAUCCAAGUGUACCGGCUGUCGAAGUACAACACCGAGGAAUUCAUCACAGUCUAUCCUACUGACCCGCCCAAGGACUGGCCGGUCGUGACCCUCAUAGCUGAGGAUGACCGGCACUAUAAUGUCCCGGUCAGAGUGUGCGAGGAGACUAGUCUGUGAGAGGCGCAUGCGCUUGGGCAGCAAGCAGUGUGACGCAGGCGCACAGGCAGUGCCUGCGCGGGCCUCGGCUGUGCAGGUCCCGAAGGACUGAGAACUUGUGGGCUCCGAAGCUAAGUUGGUCUGAGAUGUUGUAAUAAGCGCUAAGUCUUCCCUUCUCUGUGGCUCAGUAUGUCUCACUGGGGGCCUUCAGAGCAUACUUGUUGGAAGGGGCAGGCCACCAUCUCCGUAAGGCAGAUAUCUGUAGCAGAGGAAACUCAAUUUGAAGAGGAAUAUGUAGUUGUCAAAUGAAAGUUCUGAUGGUAAACUGGCUUUUACUUUUUUUUAUAAAGACAAUUUUUGUGUGUGUGGUGAUGGUGGUAAUGGGUCUUUUCGGUAAUAUUCCUGUGAUCUGCUUACGUGGUAGGAUCCUGGCAUGUAGUCAUAAUAUCCUGUCACAGAUCUCGUGUGUUUAUGGCGGGAUGAACCAUGAGGUAGAUCCACAUGUUAGUUAAUGCUAUUUUAAGCAGAUUAUCUCUUUAAAAAAUGAAAGCUGGGCAUGGUGCACACAUCUUUAAUCCCAGCACUUAAGAGGCUGAAGUAGGAGGAUCACUGUGAGUUCAAGGCCAGCCUGAGACUACAUAGUAGCUUCCAGGAUUUCAGGUCAGCCUGGGAUAGAGUGAGACCGUACCUUGAAAAACCAAAAAAGAAAGAAAGGGGGAAGAGGGAGGGAGGGAAAAAGGAUGGACAAGAUAAAGAUUUGGGCCCCAUGGUAGCGUUUCGGAGUCUAGAAGAACUGUCGGAGGGAGUGGGAGAAACCUGGACCUUGGUCUCUGACUGACAGGUGUCAGCAUGGUAUACCCGUGACAUGUCGGUGUGGAGAAGAAACGCUGCCCGCACAUGUAUGUACUCUAGUGUUGGGGACUGAUUCUUCUAAAGUUACGAGGAGUCAUGAUUGUACAGUCAGAAUAGGGCUUCUUUCCACCCCCUCUUAGAGGCAGAAUCCAAAAUACCAUGUUCUGUCACGAAUCUUAAGUUCAGAGGAAGGGCAGAGCUGGCCCAGGCUCCUCUGUGCCCUUCCCAUAGUAUGUGAAAGGAACUGUCCAUUGCCAAGUCUGCACCUGGCCGGGUGCGGAGGUGAGGGCCAGCACGCCCUCUGCGGCGUCCCUCAGAAGUGGAAGCGGCACUUUGUGAACAAGGCAGAGGAACGGCGAGGCUGCGGGGCCCUGACUUGCCUUGGGAAGCCGGAGAGGGGCAGCAGGCUGGCCUCGGCCACGGGCGCUCCCUGCAGAGCACAGACGUGGUGCUGCGUGGAGCGCCGAGCCUGGCGUGUUUAGGGUUGUGCCUUCCUCGCGGGGCAUGGGCCAUCCUAAUUCGUCCUAGGAACCAGACACCUCACUUGUUGGGAUUCUGUCUACAGCACCUGAAUUGGCUCAACAUCUGUGAAAAUGGCAUUUCCUCAUGACUUGAGCACAUUUUAUAAUUAAUAUUUUAUAAUUAAAGUCCUUAUUUGAUCCAGUUUCACACAGUGGAUUGUUUUGGGAGGAGGAACAUGCCUUUGAAGAUACAUUUCUUUUAAUAUUAAGUCUUAGGUGAGAAAACUCAGGAUGCAUAAUAGACUGUUACUUUAGUAUUUCUAUUACCUCAUGAGUCCUAUUCACCACAUUUGUUGGAUGUUAGUUGGUUAGUGUUGGGAUCAAAUUCUGUUCUGUGUGUAUGUAUGUUAGAGACUCUGCACUUGUCACCGUGAAACGCAGUGUGCCUGGAGUAGGUAGCACCAGAGGCCAAGUUCAGUCAGUAAUAGCUUCUUACUGGCUUUAAUACUUCAAUUUAGUACUUUUAACUAUAUGACAGGAAAUGCUUGCCAUUCAUUUUUGAACAUUUUUGAAAAUGAAAUGUUCAGAUAAUACAUGGCAGUAAGAAUCUGUGCCUUGGGGUACCUUGAAUGUCCCUAUUAGUUCACUUUUAAUAGUUAUGAUAAUCUGCAUUUUGAAAAUAAUCUUUGUGAGCUUGAACUAGACUUUUGGGGAACUUAAUUGUUUACACUUCAUGUUUUUCCUUAUCCCUUUUUAUGCUAUUGUUAGAUACAGUUUUCCCGCAUUAUGUCCCGUGGAAUCAACGUUGCUUUUCCAGAACAUUUUCAGAUUCCCAUUGUGCAUGGACAGCACCCCUGGGUUCCACUCAUGUACUGGGUGCAUGGCCUCUAGCUUAGCAUUCGGGACUUUGUGGAUUUGAGCUGAAAUGUCUGGAAGGCGUCUUCCUGAGAGGGUUUCAGUACACAGAGCAGGCUCCAUCGGUUUCCUCACAUAGCCACGUGACUGACGUUCAAAUGUCUGAUGAUAGUUUUUUAAUUAAGGAAAAUUGGCGUUGCCUGUGUAAAUUUUUGCUCAUUCUCCCCUGCAAUGUGUGAGCAUAAGAAAAUUCUUGUGCCAUAUGAAUUGAUAAAAUCUUUGUUGGAAGCAA